AUGUCGUCAAAACCUCUUAGCCUUGAAACACUGACAAAACUGCGGAAGAACUUCUAUGCAGAUCCUAAGAAUGAGUUGGCCCAGAAUGCUUGCACUCGCUUUGAUCCGUUUGAAGUUGCAAUUAGUAGAAAGAAGGCUGAUAGUACAUUGCAUGUAUAUAACAUAAAAGUUGAGUCUGAAGGUAAGCCAGUGACUAAUCAAGAGAACACUGGUCGGUGUUGGCUUUUUGCCGCACUUAAUGUGAUGCGACUACCUUUCAUGAAGAAAUAUGGUAUUGAAGAGUUUGAGUUCUCUCAGAGUUACCUAUUUUUCUGGGACAAGAUUGAGCGUUCACACUACUGGCUAAAUAACAUAGUGGAGACCGCUAAGCAAGGAGAAGAAUUGCAGGGGCGUCUUGUCAACUUCCUUUUGAAGGAUCCCAUCAACGACGGUGGGCAAUGGGACAUGAUCGUCAACUUAGUGAACAAAUAUGGCCUGGUACCCAAGAAGUGCUACCCCGAGUCCUUCAGCUCUCGUCGGAGUUUACAUAUGAACGCGCUUAUCAAAACCAAGUUACGUGAGUUCGCGAAGGAGCUGAGAGACAAGGUCGCUGCCAAAGCCUCUGAUGAAGAAAUACAGAGCACAAUAAACGCCCAAGUCGCUAUCAUAUACCAAAUUGUCGCCACUUGUCUAGGUACUCCCCCAGAAAAGUUUACAUUCGAGUUCUAUAAUAAAGAGAAGGCCUACAACAACUUCGGCCCUCUCACACCUCAAGAGUUCUACAACAAACAUGUCCGUCCCUUAUUCAACGUAGAUGACAAGGUGUGCUUGGUGAGCGACCCGCGAGAGUCGAAUCCAUUCGGGAACCUUUACACGCUACAGUGCCUCGGCAACGUUGUUGGGGGUAGGCAGACUACAUACAACAACCAACCCAUCGAUAUCCUAUUGAAGGUGGUAAAAGAUAGCAUACAAGGGGGCGAAGCGGUCUGGUUUGGCUGCGAAGUCUCAAAGAGGUUUGAACGCAAGAAUGGUCUUGAAGAUUUAGACGCACAAGACUACAAGCUCGUGUUCAACACGGAAGUGCAGAUCGGACUAAACAAAGCCGACAGGCUCCUAUAUGGUGAUUCUUGUAUGACGCACGCCAUGGUGUUCACGGCUGUUGGGACAGACGAACAAGGCAACCCGCUAAAAUUCCGAGUGGAGAACUCCUACAGUGACAAGGAAUAUGAUAAAGGCUAUCUCCUUCUCACAGCGCCAUGGUUCAAGGAGUUUGUGUUUGAGGUCGUGGUUGAUAAGAAAUAUGUACCCGAAGAAGUGAUGCAAGUUUUUAAACAGAAAGCCAAAGUGUUGCCAGCCUGGGACCCUAUGGGUACUUUAGCCUGUCCAGUGUGUUGUAAAGAAUAG